AUUGUCUAGCGAGGUAGAGGACGAAUGAGGGCGAAUCAGCCUUCCUUCUUGCAGUCCGUCUUUCUGCUUACUGCGUGCAGAACAGCUGCAAGGCGACAACCCCCUUCUCGACUGCCUGAACGAGGAUAACGCGCGGCACUGGCGGCACUCUGAAUCGUAACGGCAAACCGACGCAGCCCUUCAUGCGUCUAGACGAGGAAAACAGAAGGCGGUGAAAGAGUGCGCUCGGCCCUUCGGCAAAUCUCAUCGGAACCACGUGACGCAGGAAAUCUUGCCGGCUCGAGUGCGUCAACGACCUUGGAGCAGGUUUGGCAGCUGUCCCAAGUUCAGCGGUGGGCCGCAACGCAUCAGUAGACGCACAAAACAAAAUGGAUCCAGAAGAGACGGCUCACGUCGCCGCGGAGGCUUCCACGGAAUGGGAAACGCAGGCCUACACAGUGGCGGCCGCGGUUAUGAUCAUUUUCAUCAUUCUGCAUUGGUCCAAAAGGGACAUCGCUCCACCAGGCUUCAAACUGCCGCCGGGCCCCAGGGGCCUUCCCUUAGUGGGGCACGUGCCCUUCGUCACCAUGGAGUUCAGCCAUAACCAGUUCCGAAAAUGGUCCACGACAUAUGGAGCAGUAAUCAAAAUCAAGAUAGGUGCUACGUACGUUGUGGUGCUCAACGACUAUGAUUCCAUCAAGGAAGUCCUGUGCAAAAAUGAGGUUCUGAAUCGCAGCGAAAACAUGAUCCUUCACAUACUUGGGAUCACUGCCGUAGGAACCCUGAACGGAAAGCUUUGGCAAGACAACCGUCGCUUCUGCCUGCACGUGCUUCGGGACCUUGGAUUUGGGAGAAAGUCAAUGGAGGAGCAUAUCAAGGAGGAGUCUUUGUACCUGACUGAAAAGAUCGCAGAGAGCAAAGGUUCUCCAAUUUCAAUACAAGAGUACCUCGUUCCCAGCAUGUCUAACAACAUUUCCGCUCUGGUAUUCGGAAGCCGAUACCUCUUCGACGACCCCAAGCGCAAAUUUCUGGACGAGCAGUUGGCCAGUGCUCUCCGUUUACUAGGCUCCAGCAUGAUUGUAAAUUUUUUGCCUAGUUGGCUCAACACACUCGCACUACGGAUCCCAUUCCUCACAAUUAGUUCCUUCAAGAACGUCUUCCGUCAGCUCAGCGAUUUUGUAAGCAAAGAGGUGAAGGAGCAUGAAGAGACCCUCGACGAGCACAGCAAUCGCGACUUCAUAGACGGAUACAUCAAGAAAAUCAAAGAGCACGAAAAUGACCCAGAUUCCAGCUUUCAAACCCGCUUCCUCUUCGGGAACGUCCUCAACUUCUUCGGCGCCGGCUCCAACACGGUGAUGGUGACCAUCAUGUGGCACCUGCUGACCUACGCAAAGUACCCGGACACGGUGCAGGCCAAGAUUCAACGCGAGAUCGACGACGUGGUGGGCAGGGAACGCCAGCCCAAGUGGGAAGACCGCAACAAGAUGCCUUUCACCAUGGCCGCCAUCUGGGAGAUGUACCGCUGGAGGACAAUAGCUCCGCUAGGAAUCCCCAGAGCUGCAUCGGAAGACGUCUUCUAUGGAGAGUACUUCAUUCCAAAGGGAAGCAUGGUAUUGGCCAACCUGUGGACAGUUCACAUGGACCCCAAGCUAUGGAAGGACCCGCAGAACUUUGACCCUUCCCGAUUCUUAACGAAAGACGGCACGGAGUUGGGGCCAAAACCAGAAUCCCUGAUGCCCUUUUCAGUCGGCAAAAGAAUGUGCCCGGGCGAGACGUUGGCUACAGUCGAAGUCUUCCUCAACAUCACUACGCUGCUGCAGAAGUACAACGUGCUUCCUGAGGAAGGACAAGUCAUCGACCUUUCGACCAAAGGUGCCGCAGUCAUCGUUCCCGAGACGCAGAAACUUCGCUUUAUUCCACGCUAAGCACUGCGUGUUUACAACCAAGCGUGUGUUUCCAAGCAAGUCUUCUGGGUGCCGCACCAAGGACGCUACAAGGAAUGAAAACCAAACUCGUGCUGCGGUGUUUUUUUUUUUUUUUAAGAUACGUUUUGACCUUACCUCGAACAAAUUCUUUAAAAAAAAUCCUGAAAAAAAAUCUUGUUUUUUUCACAAGAAGAAAGGCACAGUGAGACAACAAACGCAACACGCAGUUUCACAGUUUCCACGAGAGGAACCAAUGAACAAUGGGUCAACGACUUGUGUGAGAGGAGUACUUCAAUCUGUCUGUAAAUCAAACACGUAUUUUUCAUGCUGAAUUCACUUAAAUUACAACAAACGGCAGAAAUAAAAAAAAAAAAGUCUUACAUCUAA